AUGACAAAUGGAAUGUCUACUAUUUCCAUGACUUUGAGCAAAGCUGCAUCUCUAGAAAGGGGGUCUCCAACUGAAGACUCUCCAAUGAAAGGUAACCAAAAGAAAAAGAAGCGUAGUGGUGCACAUGAACGUUUUCCUUGUAAGCAGAGAGAGCAAAUGAUUUGGAGACCAAUAUCCACUUCCAAACCUGAAGGAGCUCCUGUUGAGGAUAAUAUUUCUGGUUCGGUUUCAGCAGCACUCAUGGAUUUAGUACAUGAAGAACAAAUCGCAUCUGCAGUACCACAGAAGGUUGUUGAUCAGGGGAGCACAAUAAACUUACCAUCCAUCAACAAGACUAAUGCUCAUUCCGUCAACUUCCACACAAAAAAUGAUAGACACACCCUACAGGAAGUGGAAACGCUCCUCCAGUAA